AUGGCUCUUCAUCUCCACAUACUGCCCACAGCUUGCUUUUCCAAAGGCUUGACUCCUUACAUGAGUGUCCCAACAAGACCUUUCAGCCAUCAUUGCAUGAGUUUAAACAUCCGAUCCCAUCUAAACUCUCUUACCUCUGAGCCAAUAACUAAAAGGCGAUCAGCAAACUACCAGCCCAACAUCUGGUGCUAUGAGUUCCUGCAAUCUUUGAAGAGUGAUUACACUAUAAGUAAAUCCUUAUUUUUUGGCGAGGCCUAUAAGAGCAUGACCAAGAAAUUGGAGGAGGAAGUAAAGCAUAGGCUUGAUGAUAAAGCCAUGGGGCAUCUUUGUCAGCUUGAGCUGAUUGAUGACAUCCAAAGGCUUGGGUUAGGCUACCUCUUUGAGGAGGAGAUCAAGAAAGUCUUGGCUACCAUAGCGCGCAGGAAAGAUAUAAAAACUAGAACUGAGGAGAAUGAGGCAGGAAAUUUCAUACCAAGUUAUUUAGAUAAUGUAAAGGGAGUUCUAAGUUUGUAUGAAGCUUCUCACUUGGCUGUAGAAGGUGAAAGUAUCUUGGAUGAGGCCAAAGACUUCUCAAGGACAGCUUUGGAGGGGAUCAAGGGUAAUAUGGAACCAAGCGUCGCAAAACUAGUGAUCCAUGCUUUGGAGCUUCCCCUUCACUGGAGGAUGCCUUGGAUAGAAGCUAGGUGGUAUACUGACAUCUACGAGCAAAAGAAUAACUCAAUUCCUGCAUUAAUUGAACUAGCAAAGUUAAAUUUCAACAUUGUCCAAGCUGUACACCAGAAAGAGCUAGCUGAAUUGUCAAGGUGGUGGGAACAUUUGGGCUUCCGAUAUCACAUGGAUUUCGCUAGAGAUAAUUUGGUCCCAUGCUUUUUAUGGGCAUUGGGAAUGAACCCUGAACCUCAAUUAAGUUUUUUUAGGAUUGAACUUACAAAGGUUAUUAUGCUAAUAAAAACGAUCGAUGAUGUUUAUGGUUCCAUGGAAGAACUCGAUCUUUUUACUGAUGUAGUGGAGAGAUGGGAUAUUGAAGCAAUGGAACAACUUCCAAACUAUAUAAAGAUAUGUUUCUUGGCUCUUUUCAACACUGUUAAUGAAAUGGGAUAUGAUCACCUCAAGGAACGUGGAGUUGAGACCAUACGUUUCCUAAAGAUCCGGUGGGUUGAUUUAUGCAAAGCAUACUUGAUAGAGGCAAAGUGGUAUUACAACAAUCAUAGAAAAACCCUUGAGGAGUACCUAAACAAUGCAAUUACUUCAAUAGGAGGCAAAGUUAUACUCAUUCAUGCAUUUUCCUCUUUGUGA